AUGGCGGGCUGCGCGGCGCGGGCUCCGCCGGGCUCCGAGGCGCGCCUCAGCCUCGCCACCUUCCUGCUGGGCGCCUCGGUGCUCGCGCUGCCGCUGCUCACGCGCGCCGGCCUGCAGGGCCGCACCGGGCUGGCGCUCUACGUGGCCGGGCUCAACGCGCUGCUGCUGCUGCUCUACCGGCCGCCGCGCUACCAGAUAGCCAUCCGUGCUUGUUUCCUUGGCUUUGUGUUUGGCUGCGGUGUGCUGCUAAGUUUUAGCCAGUCUUCCUGGAAUCACUUUGGCUGGUAUGUGUGCUCACUGUCAUUAUUCCACUAUUCUGAAUACUUAGUGACAGCUGUCAAUAAUCCCAAAAGCCUGUCAUUGGAUUCCUUUCUCCUGAAUCACAGUCUGGAGUACACAGUGGCUGCUCUUUCUUCUUGGAUAGAAUUCACACUUGAAAAUAUCUUUUGGCCAGAACUGAAGCAGAUCACCUGGCUCAGCACCAUGGGGCUGCUGAUGGUGGUCUUUGGAGAGUGCCUGAGGAAGGCUGCCAUGUUCACAGCUGGCUCCAACUUCAACCACGUGGUGCAGAAUGAAAAGUCAGACACCCACACUCUGGUGACAAGCGGGGUGUAUGCAUGGUUCCGGCACCCUUCCUACGUGGGGUGGUUUUACUGGAGUAUUGGGACUCAGGUGAUGCUGUGUAACCCCAUCUGCGGUGUCGUUUAUGCCCUGACAGUGUGGCGAUUCUUCCGUGACCGGACAGAGGAAGAAGAAAUAUCACUGAUUCACUUCUUUGGAGAGGAGUACCUGGAGUAUAAAAAGAGGGUGCCCACAGGUCUGCCUUUCAUAAAGGGAGUCAAGGUGGAGCUAUGAUGGGCGGGGGCCUCGAGGGACCACGGGCCACUGGCCCCAUGUAGCCCAGGACAAAACUGCUUUCAGUUGGCCCCUGAGGAAUGAAUUUUCUUAAUCAUUUUGUAUGUCACUAAUUACUCUUCUGGAUGUCACCCCAAGACCAAAUGGUCAGAAGGCCUUAGGACCAAAGGACCCCCUGGAGCAAUCUGUUCUUUUGCUGAAUCAAGGCAGGACAUAGAUGAACAAGAAACAAACUACAGCAAUAUUCAUCCGUGCCCCUUCUCAAGUGCCCUGGUGAGAAUCCAGGCCACAGUCCAGUGCCCUGAGGCCAGAGUGUAUUUGCGUUGUCCCAGGUCUCCCCAGGAGAGGCAGAUGCUGCUGCUGCAGAGCUUCUGCCGCAGAAACAGUGGUGGGUGUCGCUGCUUAUCAGCAUUAAAAAAUGUGUUGAAAACCUUUAAUUUAACACAAACAACAGCACAGCUUUAACCUCUUUAUUCUGUCCUUAUGCAUGAACAUCUAUAUAAUUCUAAUGAUACUUCCUUAUAUGACACUUUGGCUCUUCAUACAUUUAAUCGUAUUUACACAGCUAUUUUUUAUAAAUAGCAGCAUAAAUUCAAAGGAGCUUACUUGGUAUUUCUAGUUCCAGCUUUGAUCUGGCAGCAAGUAGGCACAGCCCUCUCUGAUUUGGCUGUGUAGCAUUGUGUGACCAUGGGCAUCCCAGGCCAAGGGACUGUGGGCCCUUGGGCUUUCCUGGAAUUUUGGUUCCUGCUCUCUUGCUAUCGUGACAGGCAAGUCAAAGAUGUGUUUAUUUUUCCCUUCUCCAAGAAGUGCUUACUGAAUGCCUGCUCUGUGCAAGGCAUCGUGAAACACUGAGAAAUAUUGCUGUUUUAUUUGUGGUUUUAUUCUCAUUUUAAUAACUUGUAUUUUUAUGUUUCAAUGUAAAUCUGUGAAACUUUUUUUUUUUUCCUCUCAAAAUUACAUUCUUCCCUGUGCUGCGUCAGGCAAUCUUUUCUAAAAGGUUUUAGCAGCACCUACAACUGCAAAUUCAGGCAAAGCAACUCAAAAAUCCUCUGUAAAGCAGAUCCUCACAAGUGAGGUUCAGUCAGCGUUUUUGUUUUGCAAGUCUGGGGAGAGCAGUUGGCUCUCUGAGUCAAGCCUCAAAGCCUUAAGAGGUGAGACCUUUGUCUAGUCCUGGACUGGACAGGAACUUGGUCUCCUUGUGAAAUCCUUCCUGGCAGUUUGUAGUGGCGCUAAAGAAGCACGAAUGUGAAGGUGGCAUUGGUGUGUGCCCAGAGCGCUGCUCAGUCACCACUAUGCCGCAUGGCUUUUGAGGAGCCACUGAACCCAUGCUCAGACUUCCCCAUCUGCAGAAUGGGGUCAAUACCACCUACCUCACAGGGGUGUUGUGAGGACUUAGAAGAACAAUGUUGAACAUUUUUAAUACUUAGAGGGAUGAUAUAAUGAAAUUAUACAGUGUGAGCUAUGUGGAGAUGGACUUGGUUAGCUGUGCACAUAACCUAAAGUGUGUGUUCAAAAGAGCAUUUUCCCAGCUCAGAAAUGUUACUUAUUUCUAGAUCUCAUGGCUUAAUUUUUUUGUUGUUAGGUAUACCAAAGAGGCUUAUGGGUUUGUCGAUUACCAGCAUGAUGCUUGCUGGUCUGAGAACCGCGGCCCUCACGGCAGGGCGUGAGGCAGGGCGUCUGGCAAGUCCAUGGCUGCAGCAGCACUGAGUUCCUGUGGUGGGAACCAUGUCUGUCAGGGCACAGUAUGCAUGCACUCAAUUCUGGGACCCUGAGUCAGGCUGUCAGCUUUUGCAGACCACACUUACCAGGACUACAGACAGACAAGGGUGUGGUUGGGUUUUUGGCAGCCAUCCCCAGCUUUUCAAGGGAAAGUUCUUUCUCACUGCAUUUAAGCAAGACUGGACCCAGCCUCCAUUCCCCUUAGGGGCCGCGAGGUUGUUUCUGAUGGAUGGAGAGCAGCUAAUGAUGGCCCCUGGUGUACAGGUGGUAAGGCUGGGUGUUGGCAUUUGAUGUCAGCAUCCAUCUGCUGGAGGGCAGGAAGCCUGCCUCCUUGCCAGGCCCGGGAGCAAAGGAUCCUAGGUCUUGAGGUUCCACAGUGAUGCUGCCUCACACCACUGGAGGCUGACUUUAGGUUCUGUUUUCUACCCCUGUGGCGUGGGUAGUGAGAGCACUCCUACCCUCACUGUAAUCCCAGGCAGGAGACGGCCAUUGCUUAGGGAUGAAAGGUGAACUGUGGGUUGACCUUGCCUGCUGCUGUGAUCUGGAGAUUAUUUUUAAUUUACAAAUGUAGCAGUGACAGGCCUGUGGCAGAGAAUCAGGUCAAUGAGCAAAGGCUUUUCAGGUACUUGCUGUAAAGGCCAUGUUACCAGUUUCCUCACAUUGAGAAACUGUCAGAUUUCUUUGCAAGUUUGAAAGUGGAUAUUCUUAAAUGAAGAAUGGGUACUGCACAGAAAGAAAGCUUCUUUGAAACAGCAUAAAAUGAGAUCUGCAGGCUGCUGCUGAGCAGAGGAGAGUCGAAGUUGGUGAAGAGGUAGAAGGUGAGCCCCUGAGGCGUGUCCCUGGUGUCCCUCCUUGGCACGAGCUGCUUCUUAAGCCUAGAAAAUAUGCUUUAUUGAUGGCUCACUUACUUACCAACUGGGGAUUGGUAUGACAGGAAAACGUUCUUAGACCACUGAGCUGUGUCCGUGUCACACUUGGUGAGGUCUCAGCCAGAGCUCCUUGGUCACAUCCUGCGACAGGCACAGUGAGCCCCUGUUCCCUCUGCACUUUCUCACUGCCUUAGGUAGUUGCACCCACCCUAGUUUGCUUUCCUAGUGGCUCAGCAGGGCUAGAGACCUCAGCCUCUCUGAGUGGUGGGAAGCGCUUGCUCUGUGGCUGCUUGUCCUGGGCCUGGAAGAUCCCACCAGCCUGAGGGAGGCAGCCCAUCCCGUCACAAGGAGAGGGACUUACAGAGUAAUUAUUCUACUCUUUUUACAUGCAGAAAUGUUUAUUUAAAUAUUUUCAAUUGGAUUUUCUUUCACAGAUACUGAUUAUUCUUUCCAAUUCUUAAAUAAAUAAAACUAUACUUGAUUUCACUACA